UAAAACGAUUCGUUUUCUACUCCUAUAAAAAUGUCAGAAGUUGAAGAAACAAUUAAAAGAAUUCAAAGCCACAAAGGCGUUUUAGGAAUAAUUGUGGUGAACAGUGAAGGAAUCCCAAUUCGAACAUCUCUGGAUAAUUCUACAACGGUUCAAUAUGCUGGUCUAAUUCACCAAUUAACCAUGAAAGCCCGAAGCACCGUUCGUGACAUCGAUCCACAAAACGACCUAACAUUUCUCCGGCUCCGGUCCAAGAAACAUGAAAUUAUGGUCGCACCCGACAAGGAAUAUCUUCUGAUUGUUAUUCAAAAUCCUAGCGAGUAGAACCAUAACAAUAAAACGAUGCAUGUUUCAGUUAUUAUUGUACAGUUUAUAUAUAUGUUGCAUUUAAAAAUGAAUUACAAAACCUCUGAUUUUAACUUUGAACUUGUCAUUACUAAACAAAACUUGUUUUUCUUAUGUAGUUACAAUACCAUGUAAAUAUGUUUGGUUUGAUGUUUCAUGUUUUGAUGUACUCACAUACUUUUGAUGUACUUAUAUUGUUUAUAUUUUUAG